AUGGCACACGCACCCGCACCAUUCCACAUAAUCACACAAAACUGCAGAGGCCUGAACGCCCCUGAAAAAAGGUCUCACCUUCUACAAGACUUGAAACGCCGCCGAGUUUCGAUUGCCCUCCUACAAGAAAUGCAUCUCAGAGAAGCAGACACCCAUAGAAUACAAAACAAGCACUAUACUACCACCUAUCAUAGCAGCCACCAAACCACCCGAAAAGCUGGAGUCUCGAUUCUCCUAAGCACCAAUCUACAAUUCACUCACUCCGAAACGCUCAAAGACACAGACGGGAGAUACAUAUUCGUGAAGGGAACAAUCGCCCAGAGAACCUAUACGUUCGCCUCAGUUUAUGCCCCAAACACAAACCAGGUUAAGUUCCUGCGCAGAACGCUCCUGAAACUAGCAACUUUCACGGAAGGCAUCCUUAUUCUCGGUGGAGACCUCAACCUACCUCUGGACCCUAUAGCAGACACCUCCACUGGACACAGCACAAUAGCACAAACGGCAAUCAGAAGACUCCGCAGAACGCUACACGACUUGAGACUGGUGGAUACUUGGCGAGCACUCCACCCAGACAGCCGAAACUACAUACACUACUCGACCCUACACAAACGGUACUCGCGCAUUGACUACAUCUUCAUCCAACAAGAAGGACUCACACAUCUACAAAAAGCCGACAUUAAACCGACCCCGUGGGCGGACCACAACCGAAACCUCUAUACACCUAGACUCUCCCAUCUUCAAGCCCACUAG